AUGAAUAACAAAAAGAAGUAUGGCAGAGGUGGUGGCCCUUCUUAAGAAGGAUCCAAUUCUGAGCCUAAUCAGCAAAAAUCCUAAAUGAAAUGGGUUCCAAAAGGUUAGAAAUCUGAGGAACCAGCUAGUCAUGCUUAAGAUUAUUCAUAAGAUCAACAGGAUAGACCUUAGACUUAAUCUCAAAAAGCUAAGGUGAGUUAAUAAUCUGAGGCUCACUAAAAAUUAGAGGAUUAUUCUAAGAAAGACUAAUCCUUACAUGAUGAAAGUGGUAGCUUUUAUCCCAAUAGUGAUAGUAGAGGAAGAGGAGGCUACAGAGGUAGAGGUAGUAAUACUAGGGGAUCAGGAAGAGGUGGAAGAGGUAGAUAAUAUUACUAGGAUUAUCCAUCAGACUCACAAUUUCACCAAGAGAAAACUUAAAACGAUACUGAAUUAAGUUCUAAAAGCAGAGGCAGUCGAGGUGGCAGAGGAGGUAGAGGCAAUUAUUAAAAUCAUGAUUAGCAAAAUGAGCAACAAUAUGAUUAAAAUUCCAACUAUUAUGAAUAAAGAGGAAGGGGUAGAGGUAGUGGAAGAGGUGGCCAACACUCAUAAAAAGUAAGGGACAGUGACUACUUUGAAGCUAGAAAAGCUGAAAGAGAUCAAUUCGAAUCUUCGAGCCAAUCAAAUUUCAAUGAUGGAAACUCAAUUAGUGGUGAUUCAGAAAAAAUAUGGAGCAAAAAGAUGGAUUCCAAUAGUAGGUAAAAAGUGACUCAUCAUAAAAACCUUGGCUCAGCCUCACAAUAUUUGGCUUCAGCAGAUGUUGAUGAUACUAGAAACUAGUAUCUUCCUGAUAAGGAUGAAAAGAUUAAAAUCAUCAAUGAUAAAGAUAAGCUUGAGAAGGAUAGUUAGGAUAAAGCUUUAAUCAAGUAUAAUUAUGAGGGGUACUUGAAGCAAUUUGAAAAUUUGACAGAAUAAUGUGUUUAUUUUGUCGAAAGUCUUUCUAAAGGAACUUAAGAAUGUAUUAUUUGCCAAAAUCCCAUAUUCCAAAAGAGUGCCUUAUGGAAUUGCAAACAAUGCUGCUAGCCAUUCCAUCUUGGUUGUAUUAAAAGAUGGAUCAAGAAAUUAAAUAAUCAUGAUGAUGAAGAAGAAAAAAAAGGUCCUACUCAAUAACAUAGAAACAGGCCAGAUGAACAUCAAUAUUAUGACUCUGAAGAGGAGAAAAAUUAUGAGACUGAAGCACAAAAAGCUGCUAAGAAAUUAACAGCUUUCUUUAGUUGGACUUAUAUCUCUGCUUUUGCAGAAGGUACGAUGAACCUCCGUUUUCUCCAUUAAUUUUACCUCAUUCUUGUGGUGAAUAUUGUGAUAGGAAACGAAAUGAGAUUUGUACUCAUGGAAGAUGCAAUGUACUUUGCCAUCCAGGAAGCUGUCCUCCUUGUGCUAUUAAUGUUCCAAUAAGUUGUUAUUGUGCCAAAUAGCAGAAAAGAGUUGCUUGCUAUCUAUCUUAAAGAAGUCAAUAUUCUUGUGAAGAUUCAUGCGGAAGGCUUCUCAAUUGCAAAUUACAUAACUGUGAAGAAAAAUGUCAUGUGGGAUAAUGCUAAAAAUGUAAUAUUGAUAUUCAAUAGAAAUGUUUCUGUGGAAAAGAGGAAAGAACUGUAAAGUGCGGUAGUAAAAGAUUUUUAUGCCAGAAAAUAUGUGGAAAAACCCUAGACUGUGGAAAUCACGAAUGCCAAAGAGUCUGUCAUGAUGGAGCAUGCUAACCUUGCCAAAAAGUUCCAAGGAAAGUAAAGAACAACAUGUCUCGAUCCUAUUCCAACAUGCUCGUAAAAGUGUGACAAAUACUUGCCCUGUGGAAAACAUUAGUGCAGCUUGUAAUGUCACAAUGAUGAAUGCAUGAGAUGUGAGGAAUUGGUUGAGCAAAUAUGCUAAUGUGGUAAAGAUAAAAGAAAAGUACCAUGCUAUAAAGUAAAUUAUCCUGAGUAUCUCAAAUUACUUAAAAUGACAACAGAAGAAAUUGAGGAAAUAGAAAACUACAAGUGCAAGAAGAUCUGCAACUAAUUAAAAUCUUGUAAAAAACAUAAAUGCAAAGAAUAGUGUUGUCCAGUUAAAAAAGGUGUCUAUGAUCCAUUUGGUAGACAUCUCUGCUUAAAAACUUGCUCAAAAACACUUUAAUGUGGCAAGCAUCAAUGUAAUACUUUUUGUCAUCUUGGUCUUUGCAAGCCAUGUCGAUUUGUCUCAACAUAACCAUUAUAUUGUCCAUGUGGACUUACUAAAAUUGAUCCCCCAAUAAAAUGUGAAACAUCUCCUCCCACUUGUAAUGGCCCUUGUAAAAAGCUAUUGACCUGUGGUCAUCAAUGUAACUUAAAGUGCCAUCUAGGAAAUUGUCCUCCCUGCUUAGAAAUAGUAACCAAAGUAUGCAAUUGUGGAUCAGAAAUAAUGCCUAAUGUUUAUUGCAAUCAGCAAAAGCAUUCUUGCGGUAAGCAGUGUAAUAAAAUGUUGCCUUGUGCUCAUACCUGCCAAAAGGUAUGUCAUUUACCUGGAAAUUGCUUUUCGUCAGAAUUAGAUCUAAUGAACAAUGGCUGUGGAGAAAGAUGUGGAAAGCCAAGAAAACUUUGUAAACAUAGAUGCUUAGAAAACUGUCACCCUAUUUCUGAAUGCCCUGAAAAUCCAUGUGAAGCAGAAAUUCGUGUUUAUUGUAAGUGUGGAUAUAGAUAUGUAAACACAAUAUGCAAAUCAGUUCCAGAGAGAGAUCCAAUAGAAUGCAAUUCCGAAUGUUGGAAGCACCAAAGGGAAAAGAAGCUUGCAAUAGCCUUCGGCUCAUCUAAGGACUAUGAAGCUAAUAAGGAUAAUGUAAAUCUUGAAUAUUAUCCAGAGGAAAUAUUAGAAAUUGCUGCUAAGUAUCCCAAAUUUGUGAAAAAAUGUGAAUCAUAGCUGACAGACAUUGUUCUAGAGAAAACUACAAGAAGCUUCAGUGGCCUAGGAAGUGAAAAAAAGAGUUUCCUCUCUUGCAUGGUCUUUGAGCAUUUCAAACUUGAUAUGUGUACUUACGGAGGUAAAAAUAUGAAAACCGUGACUGAUGUAUUUUGGAAGGAUGGUAGCAAAGUUCCAGAACUUUUAGUCUCAGAAGUAUUGAAUUUGAUCCAAAGAGGCAUCAUGUCUGCGAAUAAUGAUGAUAAUAGAAACUAAAUCUUUGAAGCUACUCUUUAUAUAUUCAAUGUUCAGAAAGGUACCUCGAUAGAUGAUUUGAAGAAAUUCUUAGUCAACUUUAAGAAUGAGAUGUAUACUCAGAAGGGAAAGUUAUAAGGGUCCUACUACAUACACUUCUACAGGAAAAUGAGAGCUAAGGAUGCUUUGACAUUCAUCAAGAACACUCCAAAUUAAUUCACUAAUGUCGAACUCAUUCUUCACAAGAAAGAAAUCGGCACUAAUUCUGACACACCAAUCUAGGAACAAGCAGCUGAGAAAAAGAAGCAAACUAGAGAACAGAAUGUUUUAGAUGAUGACGGAUUCACAGUGAUUAAGAGAAAAUGA